AUGGCUACUGGUAAAAUUCAAUUUGCCGUUUCUACUCCCUGCAAUACUAAGGGUAAACCGUCGGGAUAUAGGUUGUUUGAAUUUAAAAACGAUCGAUUAGCGCUCAUCCCAUCAGAAAGGGGUUGCACGAAAGUAGACGUGAAUGCAAAUAUACAAGCAUUUUGUUACUUAAGGCCUAAUGGUAGAGAAACGUCACAAUCUCCAGAAACAACCCAUAUUUUGGACUCAUGCGAUUACAUGGUGCUGGCGAAGUCCAACGGAUUCAUUGAAAUUAUAAGCAACUAUCAAUUUAAGAUAAAAAAUGGCCUGCGUUUAGCGCCCUCUUAUAUCCUUAGAUGUACUCCAGAAGAUUUCGAAUCCAAUUUUUUUAGUGACUAUAUGAUUGCUGGUCUUGAAUAUAGUCAAGGUUUGUUGUAUUGUUGUAUGUGCUCCGGUAGAAUAUACGUUUUUGUAAUGAACCUUCCAACUGAUUACAUUCAGUAUAAAAACAUGCACAACCCCAUGUUUCCAGAUUGCUUCUUCAAAGUACAUCAUGACAACAACACAGCUCAUUCUUCAGAAGAAGAAAAAAUAUUUAAAAGUAGUACGCGGUACACUGGAAGAUCAUGCUCCAAGCACAUCUGCUACUUUCUUUUACCUAUAGAGCCGUCCCAUUUAAGAUCGUCACCUGUGGUCUCUUCGUUUUGCAAUAUGUAUCAAGGUCUGCCCAUAUACAGGCCUUCGAUGUAUUUACAUAUAGAGCGAGGUAUUUCCACAUUUCACAUAAAUCCCUUGGACCGGUUUUGUUUCAUGACGGUAUCACCACGAUCACCACUAUUUAUAAGGAAAAUAAUACUACCAUUGACUUAUGUUACGUUUUUAAGCACUUUUAUUAACCUGAAAAACAGUAUACAGGGAGAGAAAUGUGGUGAGAUACUUUCGUGGGACAAUGUAGCGCAACAAAAUGGAUUUGGUUCUUUAUUCAGCUGGAUUAGUAACAAAUUUACAUUCGAUGCGGAUAUCAUAAAUUCAACCAUUUGGGAUGAUAUUGUAAAGUAUUCAGGGACAGGAAUGCUAGAUUCGGGAAUCGUCUGGAAGCAGCGCCAAGGUCACGCUAAAGAUGACAUAUACGAAUUAUUUCAUACUCAAGAUAUGCUGGGAAGUAGUCGCCGAAAUUCCUCCUUCAGCGCUGCUAGUAGUGAACCGAGACCGCUGAGCAGAAGAAGAAGGGGAUCAUUCCAAGCCUUGACGAGAGACGCUUUUAGGGAGAGAAUGGAUGUACCCUGUUCAACAAAGUGGGAAUUAGAUUCGUUUAUUAGGGGCUUAAGAAGAAAUACAUUUAUGGUGGAUUUUGAAAUUGUAGAAAAGACUCCUCAUAGGAACGGAUAUGAUGGAGUGAAUGAAGAUGAUAAUAAUACAGACGAAAGUGAUGAAACAAUGACUUCUUUUCUAACCGAUAACUAUAAAAAAAUGGACAUCGUGUGCAUCGAUCAUUUUGUCACAUUAAGCGCAUUUCGACCUCGAUAUUAUGACGAACCAAUAAUUAAGAUAGACUCAUUAUCAAACAAAAAUGGCUCUGAAAAUGGACCUGAUGAAGAAGAGUGGGCAGAAAACCAAUUGAAAGUGGAUGGUCAAGUGAUAGAUGAUGACACUGCUCAAUUCAAGCAGGCACUAGGGAAUUUAUGUUCAUUUAAGAAAUUAUUCAUGCUGGACGAUUCUUUAUGCUUUAUACUGGACACACACGGGGUUUUGUUGAUAAAUAGAUUUGAAAUUCAAAAUACCAAAAAUUUGUUGAAGAAUGCCAAGGAUACAAUUCGAAUAAUACCGCAUGAUUUCGGAUUGAUUAAUGAUGCAAUUGUUAUAAUCAAUGAUAUAGACAUGGGCACAAAUAAUGUUUGCAGUCUAACGUUUCAUUUAGUCGUAACAUCAAUGGCAGGAGAGAUAACUGUUUUCAAGGGCGAAUUUUUCAAUGACUCCAGAUUGGGGAGAAUAAAGCUGUGUGAUUCACUAAAGCUAAAUAGAAAAGAUCGGUUUGUAGACAAACUUGCUUUGAUCGAUUAUGACGGUUUAAACGCGCAAAAGAGAAGAUUGGACUACGAUGAAAAUGACCUUUAUACAUUUAUUGUGAAAAAGGUAAAAAAAGACUAG